AUGGCUUCUUUUAGUGUAAAAUCUUUUGAUAAAAAGUUAAAGGAAAUGUCAGCGAGACAGGACAGUGUGCAAACUGUGUCAUUGUGGCUUAUACAUCACAGGGCUCACUCAAAAACAGUCGUCAAUGUUUGGCUCGAUCGCAUGAAAAAAGCCAAGCCUGAUCGUCGUUUGGUGUUGUUCUAUCUUGCAAAUGAUGUCAUACAGAAUAGUCGCAAAAAAGGAAAGGAAUUUUCAGCAUCAUUUGGAAAGGUUUUGGGGGAGUCAAUGCAAUAUUUACGGGAUACUUCCAUCCAGCCAUCUGUAGAAAGAGUGUUGAAAAUAUGGUUGGAAAGAAAAGUGUUUGAGAAAGAUGCUGUGCAAAAACUUCUUGAUCAGUUGAAACAUGUUACUGUGAAGAUGAAACCAAGGUCAAAGUCAAAGUCAGAUGGGAUUGCCCUUCUGGUGAAGGAAAAUGAAAAAAUUGGUAAAGUUAAAGAAAGAAGAAAUCCAAACAUCCCAUUCCUUCAAAUUUCAAGGUUUGAGAACAUGCAUAUACCUACAUAUGUUGUACAAAAAGUUAUGUGA